CUGUGUUGAGCUGUCAAAUAAAGAAAUGGAAUUGAAAUAGUUGAAAAUAAAAAAAUUCUCAGCGGAGAUUGUUGGAUACAUUGCGGAAAUGAUUUGUGAAGAAUUUGGAAUGUAUAAAAUAACUAUUAGUGAAGAAUCAAAGAUUUGUUUUACAAAAUUUUAAUAAUUAAAUGUUUUACAUUUAUUAUAUUACAUCAAAAGCAUAUCGGUAGUGCGUCAGAUUUUCGUUCACGCGGCUGCAAUUAUUGUGGAAAAGGCAAAGGCCAAGUGAAAAUCAGAAAAGUACGUAGAUGAUUUAAAAUGCCUAAAAGUAAAAUGGUGAUACAGUGAAAAAGCAAUUAGAAAUAUAACAAAAAAAUUUAAAGCAAAAAAAUCACGGUUGUUCGAUAUAAAUCGCAAUCUACCCAACGCAUGACAAUAAAAAUCACAUUUCCAAAUUAAUUGGCUUCAAUACUUUUGUUCAUACACGGUAAAGUGUUCGAACGUGUUUUCCGGUCCAAGUACGCGGUUUUGGUGAACGCGCAACACGUUAAAGUAUAUGUGAAAAUAUGGGUGGUUGCAUUGGCAUACACAACACGGACAAUGAGACUGUCAGUGUGUCUUCAGCAAGCAUUUCCAGACCCGCAACUGGCGCUGGCGGCCGUGCAAUGGGUCCGGAACGCAAAAAUCGUCCGCUGUGUAAUGAGACAAUACGUUGGCGUUCUGAUGUGCCAUUGACUGAAGGACAAUUGCGUUCAAAGCGUGAUGAAUUCUGGGAUACUGCGCCCGCAUUUGAUGGUAGAAAAGAAAUUUGGGAUGCGCUGCGGGCAGCAACAAAUGCGGCGGAAGAGCUGAAUUUUGAAAUGGCGCAGGCAAUACUUGACGGAGCAAAUGUAUCCGUGCCGAAUGGUUACCUCACAGAAUGUUACGAUGAGCUCGGCACACAAUACAAAGUGCCCAUAUAUUGUCUAUCGUAUCCUAUAAAUAUUGUAAAAGAGGAGAGUGGACGCGAUUCACCUGCAGAAUUCUCAGAGCCCGUCGAUGGUGGCACUGAAGUAUUCUUAAAACUACGAAUAUCAUCCACAAUGUCGGAUGUUAAAUUAGCAGUAUAUUCGAAAGACACUGUUGGACAGUGUAAAAAGAAAUUACAGGCUGCGGAGGGCAUUGACGCCUGCUGUCAGCGUUGGUUCUACAGUGGUAAAUUACUUGGUGACAAAGUGCCCAUAGAUGAGUGUAACAUACAGAAUGGUUAUGUGGUGCAAGUCAUCGUCAACACGGAGCAUUAUAAUCAUGAUAAUAGCACAAUUAUACCGGUUGCAAGCUAGCCAAGUGUUUGCACUAAUGUAAAAUAUCAAAUAUUAGCAACGAUAAGAGCAACAGCAACGAUUACAAUAGUAGCAUUAUUAGCAACAACAUCAACAAUAAUUUUAGGUAAACCCACAACAAAUGUUCAAUUAAAUAGCGGCAAUGUUACAUUUGUAUUCAUCAUAGUAAAUAUAAUAAUAGUAUUUUUUCUAAAUAAUUUUAUUAUGAAUGAGACAAGACAAACGUUUCGCACACAACAAAGAUAUUAUGUAAAUUUAAACGAUUUUUUACUAAAAACGUGCUGCAUUUAAAACUAAUGGCGCUUGAAUUUGUAGACGCUGAUUGUUGUACGUUGUACAUACAUAUAUGUAAAUGAGCAUAAAUGAAUCAAUUGUUGAUGAUUUAUUAUUUUUUUUUUUCUUGUAAUAGUUUACAUAUACAAGCGAUAACAUCACACUUCAUUUCUUUUAAUUCAAAUAUUUGUAAGAUUGAUUGUUGUUGCAAAAAACACGGUAGCUGCGUCACUUGUUGUUGGGUUGUUGUUGUUGCUGCUGCUGUUGCUGCCUGACUGUUCUCGCUAAGCCUUAGACUAACUAAUUCGUCUAAAAACAGGCUCUGCAGCAGAUAUUAUAUACACAUGCGCACACAUGUGCAUACAUGUACACAAACACAAACACACAUAUAUAUAUAUAUAUAUAUAAAUAUAUAUAGUAUAUAAAUAAAUAUAUAUUAAAUGAAUGGUAUGAAUGAUUGAUUGUUUGAGGAAAGUAAUGAAAAUAUUGAAAAUUUAUAAAUUAUUUAAAAAGAAGUGGUGAAAUUGGUUAUUUGAAAUAUUAAAGAAAAAACACAAAGAAAUGAAAUUUUAAAAAAAUUUAAAAGUAAAAAAAAAAAAUAGUGAUUUGCUUUAUCAUUUCUAACAGAAAUUGGAAAAUAGUAAGAUUUGAAACGUACAUAACGGUGCAUUCACAUCAAACAUUUUCUACCAUAAAAAUUGUGUAUAAAAUUUAGCUAAAACUGGUAUAGAAAGAAUUAAAAAAAAAUAUAUAUAAAAAAAUAUAAAAAAAAUUCUCGGCAGUAUAGCAACAUACAUUUCCACAAAACCGAAAAACGAUUAUAAGAAAUAACUAAAAAUGCGCUAAAAAUUAACCAACCUGUCGAAAUGUAACCAAUUUGUUAAGAAAAAA